CCGAAACUGAGUGUUGUUGAUCCUUUGAGAUUUGUCUGCGACUUAUGUGGUUUAUAUAUUUAUAUACCGCUAUAUUCUAGGGUGACUCUAAUGAUUUCAUUCAUACAGCUUAUCACCGACUACUUAAUUCCUAGUGUACUUUAAUACCCCUCCGCUGACCUGCUUCAUCUUAUAUCCUUGCCGGCCAAGCCUACCUUUAACUUUGCCACUACCUUUUAAGCUGUCCUAGCGGACUAUACUUACUGCGCUCGCUUCUCUUCGCCUCAUAAUCAUCUAUACAUUAUUUAUCUAGAUGAAGUAAACCCAAAAUGCAACAAUUCAAACACUGGCGGCGCCCGUCACAGCGCAAAUCACAAGACCCUGUGCUGACGCCCGAGGAUGAAGCCUUCCUACGAAAUAUUAUGACCGAGCCUACAAACAAAGCACCUAACUCGUAUGCUGGCGCAGAUGAUGAUAGCCACUCACCUGUUAGUCCUCUUGCAGCUGAUGCGCCCAAUACCCUCCAGUCCCCGGUGUCGCCCUUGGAAGAGUUCAGGGAGUUAGGAGAAGAAGCAAGAAAGGCUAGAGAGAAGGAGGAGCGAAGCUCAGACGUUGCUCCUCAAAGACAGGGUUCCAAGGGUACCAGCUCCUUCCAGGCGGAGAAGAAAAAGAAAUCAUCCUGGACCAGCUGGAUCCGGAGGAAGAGCACGUACGAGAAGGAUAAAGAACCAGUGAAGAGCGACACCCCUGUCGACGCGCAGUCUAAUUUACCCGCCAAUCCCAAGGAUGACAAUGAGGUAAGGCAGGAGACCGAGGAUAUGACCCAAAUUUUGGAACGACUGAAUCUCGCAGCGGAUAAUAACCGCGUGUUCUCAAUCAGCGAAGAGACACAGGAGCUCCUGCGCAAGUUCAAGCUAAUAUUCCGGGACCUGAUUAACGGCGUUCCAACCGCUUAUCAUGACCUUGAGAUGCUCCUCACUAAUGGCAACAAGCAAUUGCAGAGUGCUUAUUCGCAGCUUCCAAGCCCUCUGCAAAAACUCGUGGAAAAGCUUCCGGAGCGAUGGACAGAAACUUUGGCGCCUGAGAUGAUUGCCGUGGCAAGUGAGAGGGCUGCAAAGAGCGGUGUUAAUGUGGAUAACAUUGGCAAGGCAGCAGCAGCAGCUAAUAAGAUGGGCAUCAAGGUUCCCAGCUUGAAAGAACUAGUUGGGAAACCGGCAGCUAUUGUCGGUAUGCUACGAUCGAUCAUGGCCUUUUUGCGGGCUCGAUUCCCUGCUGUGCUAGGAAUGAACGUGCUUUGGUCAUUAGCUUUAUUCAUCCUUUUGUUCAUUCUUUGGUACUGCCAUAAGCGUGGUCGCGAAGUUCGCCUUGAGAACGAACGUCUCGUAACCGAGGAGGAGAUCCAAAAGUUGAACGAACAGUCUUCUUCCGACGAAAGAAUUCGGACGACCGAGACUCUUACUACAACUGCACCCCAAGGCGCUUCAGUGGCUGAAAUUCGGGAAGGUGUGGAAGACGCACAACAGUCCCGCGAGAAAGCUAUUGCUGCGGCCGAAAAUUCAAAACCAGAAGAGAACGGUGCUAAGGAGAAUUAUUCGAAGCCGACGAGGUCGAAGUCAGUAUUGUCCAUCUGGGGUAGAUCGGCUCCUAAGGCAGAACUAGUGCCCAAAAUUAAGCCGUAUCCGGGGACGUGAAUACCCCAUCGUUGUUUCACCCUUUGUUUCGUUUUUAAUUCUUCCCGUUUGCUCCUUUUGUGCCUGGGUUGGCAGCUUGAGCUUUUCUUUGAUACCACUUAUGUUUACUUCUGAUAAUCGUUGUACUUACAAGAUAAUGAUGCAGAAUUAGUUCUCUGGUCUUUUGACUAUUUUGAAUCACCCUAUGGUUUUGGAUGAUAUUCAAAUGAUUAUGAUAAAUUCAUGCUAGCAAUGUGAGCAACUUUUUUUCACUGCCAUGUACUUCUACCAGUCAGAUAGCAUCGGGAAUAAGAUGGGCAAUAGGAAGUUUUAA